UUGGGGGGUAAGAACAGGUAUAAAGGUGACUGACUCCUUCCCUUCGGCUCACUAAGAGGAGAAAGGCCCCAGCUCACUCUUCCUUCUCUACUCCUGGUGUUACUUCUGCUGUUACUCCUACGUUGCCGUCUCUGGUGUCGCUACAGCUGCUCAUAAUGCGCGCCCUGCUGGUCCUCGCGUGGCCGCUGCUAGCGUGGUCGUUGCCGUUACCAGACAAACCCCACCCCCAAGUUGAAUUUGGCGGCUUCCAGCCUGUGCAUCCGGGACGAGGAGCGGGACCUUCUUCAGGGUACCACGGUCCUCCAACGCCUCCUCACCAGCCCCAUUUACCGCCAGACUACAGCCAUUCUGCACCACCGCACAACGUACCUACCAAGACCAUCUACGUAAACUUGCCGCCCCAAGAGGUUCCGCCGCCGGCUCCUCCGGUGGCCGCCGGACCCCCACGCAAACACUUUAAGAUUGUGCUCAUUCGCGCCCCAGCGCCGCCGCCGCAGGUGCAGACCAUAUUGCCGCCACGCACAGAACACAAGACGAAGAUCUACGUGCUACAUCAACGUCCUCAGGAUGAGCCGCAGGUGGUGGAGGUACCACACGUGCCGCACGAUCCUCAGGUGUAUUUUGUGGAAUAUGACACGCCGCCCACCGCCCAUGACCUGCAACAGCUUAGCUCCGGUAACUUGAAUGGCUUCACCGUGACCCCCCAACAUCCCGAUGGCGGGGAGUACGGGUCUCCUUCCUUGCUGCACGGUCUGGGAGCUGACCUCGGAAUAGGAGCUGGUUUGCAGGUAGCAGCCGAUGGUCUUUACCAGGGUGAAGUCUUCAAGCGGCAGGUGGGAGAAGAGGCGGCGGAGGCGGCCGAGGAAGGCGAAGAGCAGCAGCCCUUGCACACCUGAGCCUACCGUGUAGGCUCCCCGGCCGGCUCUCGUCGUCUUAAUUAAGUUAACUUAUUGUUUAUCGUCCCAGCCUCCCGCCUGGAUCGCGCCUCAGCCGUCCAUCACUCAUCAUGGCACCAUCGCUAGCUGCAGGAGCGGGAGUGAGGCUGUACUGGACAGAGUGGCUCUUCCCUGUGAACCUGACGCCCCUUCUCCGUCCUACUAUUACAUUAGCCAGCAGCCUAUACGCUCCGCCCCAGGAUGGCCGCAGGCGGCGCCACAUUCCUCUUUCUUACCUCCUGUCUUUGUAAUAAAAUCAAAAUAUUC